AUGGUGAAGCUGGGUUGCAGCUUCUCUGGGAAGCUGGGCGAAGACCCCGGAGACCAAGAUGGCACUGCUCUGGACAGCAUCCCUCUGAUCAGCCCCCUGGAUGUCAGCCAGCUCCAGCCCCCAUUCCCUGACCAGGUGGUCAUCAAGACGCAGACAGAGUACCAGUUGUCCUCCCCAGACCAGCUGAAGAACUUUCCUGACCUGGAGGGUCAGAAGGUGACCUGCAGCCACCCAGAGGAAGCGCGCAAGCUGCCCACAGCUCGGAUGAUCGCCUUUGCCAUGGCACUUCUGGGCUGCGUCCUGAUCAUGUACAAGGCCAUCUGGUACGACCAGUUCACCUGCCCAGAUGGCUUCCUGCUUCGGCACAAGAUCUGCACGCCGCUGACCCUGGAGAUGUACUAUACCGAGAUGGACCCCGAGCGCCACCGCAGCAUCCUGGCGGCCAUUGGGGCCUACCCACUGAGCCGCAAGCACGGCACGGAGAUGCCCGCGGCCUGGGGGGACAACUACCGCGCCAUCAAGGACGAGCGCAAGACACCCACCCAGGCGGUGGUGGUGGCAGCCACCGUGCCCCCCGGGCAGCCCUCAGCCCAGGACGAGCAGGAGCAGGCUCAGCAGGUGGCCGGGAGCGCGGCGCCCCUGUCCCCGCAGUGA